GGCUUCAUGUUUAACCUUUCGCUUCUUCUUUCUUGACCAGGGACAUGAAGGUUCUGUGGAGCCACCCCUGGCACCAGCUUCGAGUGGAUAUUGAACAAUUUGGAAACCAAAGUGUAGUAAGGAAACCAGUCCUAUUGGAAAAGGAAAUAAUCUCAAGGGGCCAAUCUUGCUGACUUCUUAAACUCACUUUAGAUCAGAAAGGGAAAAACAAGAGUCAAUAUUGCAAUGAUAUGAACAUAACACUGGCAUCCUUGAAGUGACUGGCUUGACCUUGAAGGAGACCCUGGGGGUGGUGAUGGCCAACAGGGAGCUCUGGCGUGGGCUGGUCCAAGAGUCGGAAGCGUCUGAACGAAUGAACAAUAACAACACUGUCACCAUGGAGGAGAAAGCAUAUACAUGUAUUGAAUGUGGCAAGAGCUUUAAACAGUGUAGAGAUCUGAAGACACAUCAAAGGACUCACACUGGGGAGAAACCCUAUAACUGCCUGGAGUGUGGAAAGAGCUUCACCCAGAGUGCACAUCUGCAUUCACAUCAAAGGACUCACACUGGGGAGAAACCUUAUACAUGCUUGGAGUGUGGAAUGAGUUUCACUCAUAGUGGAAAUCUACGUUCACAUCAUAGGACUCACACUGGGGAGAAACCCUAUACAUGCUUGGAGUGUGGACAGAGCUUCACUCAGAGUGGACAUCUACGUUUGCAUCAAUGGACUCACAUUGGGGAGAAACCUUAUAAAUGCCUGGAGUGUGGAAAGAGCUUCAUUCAGAGUGGACAUCUACGUUUACAUCAAAGGACUCACACUGGUGAGAAACCCUAUACAUGCCUGGAAUGUGGAAAGAGCUUCACUGAAAGUGGAAGUCUACGUUCACAUCAAAGGACUCACACUGGGGAGAAACCCUAUAUAUGCUUGGAGUGUGGACAGAGCUUCACUCAUAGUGGACAUCUACGUUUACAUCAUAGGACUCACACUGGGGAGAAACCCUAUACAUGCACACAGUGCGGAAAGAGCUUCACUCAGAGUGGAAGUCUACGUUCACAUCAAAGGACUCACACUGGGGAGAAACCCUAUACAUGCUUGGAGUGUGGACAGAGCUUCACUCAGAGUGCACAUCUACAUUCACAUCAAAAGACUCACACUGGGGAGGAACCUUAUAAAUGCCUGGAGUGUGGAAAGAGCUUCACUCAGAGUGGAAAUCUACGUUCACACCAGAGGAUUCACACGGAGUGGAAACUCUAUACAUGCCUGGAAGGAAAUUGUUAAGUUUACAUUUACAAUGACACCAGAGUUUUGUUUCUUAAUAAUGCUGGAUGAUAAUCUAGAGAGAAAAUGUGUAAGAUUGCAAAAUAUAUAAUAACAUUAUGUUACAAAAUUUGAAAAAAAAAAUCUGCUUCUGAUUUGAAAGUUUUGUUUCCUUUCAAGGGAGGCUCAUUGACAACAAUGGAGGGAAACUCCAGAGAUCCCCCUUUCCUCCCCCGCUCUCCUCACCUCACCUGACCUGGGGCUGCAGAGCGUUGCAGGCGGGAGGGUGAACGGGCCUCUCCCUUCCUUCCUUCCUUCCUUCCUUCCUUCCUUCCUUCCUUCCUGGGUGGGAAAGGCGCGGUGCUUCCUUGGAGAAGAGGGAGGGAGGGAGGGGACAGAAGACAGGGAGCCUGCCCAGGGAAGGAGUCUGCGUGGCAACAGGGAGGAAGAGGGGGGAGGGGGUGUGGCCGGGCUGCCCUCCUGCUCCCUGAUUGGUGCCACUGGUGAUAGUAUGACAGCUCUGAGCAUUAUGCACAUUCCGCAACGGUGGUUGUGAAUAAGGGAAGGGGAGAGCGGCACACUGAGGACGGGAAUAUACAUCGUAGUUGAAUUGGUGGAAGGAUAGAAAGGAGGGGAGGGUUAGAGCUAGGAUUAGGGUUUGGGUUAGGAUUAGGCUUAAGGGUUAGGGUAAGGGUAAGGGUUUUACCAUUAAAGAACUCUGACAUUCCCUCUAUAAUACUUGUGUUCCAUUCUGCGUUGCACAAAUAUAAUCGAGGUUGAUUUUGAGAGGGACUCCCCAGUAAGGGAGACCCCUAGAACCGCACCAAAGAGGGUCCCUAACCUUGGCGAGAUCAGAGAAGCGAAUUCCAGUGAUUAAAAAUAUUAAAAUUAAUUCUCACCAAAGCGGAAAAAGAUGGUGACCGAGGCUCUUUAUUAGCGAUUCAGCUGAGAUCGGAUGCAAUUGUGGGAAUAUUUCCACCACAGGCAUGCCAACAUAGAGUUUACGAGCAUUUUGAUAGGCAAAAUACAGAAAAACAUUUCAAAUCUCCCGCUCUUCCCCGCCCGGCUUCUCGCUGAUUGGCUGACAGGUCGAACAGCUGGGAGGAGGCUUGGUGGCCCACCUCGCUCUGGGCCAAUCAGCAGGCUUCCCCACCUCUGGGAAGCCAAUCAGGGCGCUCCUCUCGCUUCCAAGGAUGGAUGAAUCAGGGAAGAGGAGGCGGGACGAGCGCGGACAAUGGAAGGCAAUGGGGGAUAAUGAUGUUAUCGGCCAGCUGGGGCAUCGAGGCAUUGUCUGGCCAGAAAAAGCUUGAUUGCAUUAAGAAAGGUUUUCCUGUCCCGGAUCUGAUAAGGUGUGCCUUUUGAUGGGUCUUGUGAAAGAAGCAAACAGAGCCGGGGCGAGGGGACCCCUGGGGCGGCCUCGUCCCUUUGUAAUUAAAUCAAAAUGUCCAAAGAAAAUUCUUCGUCUGUCAGACCACUCAGAAAACAAAGGAUUUCCAGUUUGCUACUGUCCAUGCAAAAAUGUUUGAUGAUUAGGUUGGUUUCCAGGGGGACUAUAGCCCUCCCUCAGGCACUGACUAGUUCCUGGUUGCAUUUUUCUGGGGCAAAGAGCGAGGGGUGAAACAGAAGGGUGAAUAAUAUUUCAUACAUAUACAAGUAAUACA